AUGGCAAUUAUUCUACCCAAGUUAAAGUACGCUUUGAACGCCCUGUCGCCCCAUAUAAGUGAAGAGACGCUGAACUUCCAUUACAAUAAGCACCAUGCGGGGUACGUGAACAAGUUGAAUGGCCUAAUUAAGGAUACGCCUUUUGCAACGAAAUCGUUGCUGGAAAUUAUGAAGGAAUCUACGGGUGCAAUUUUUAACAACGCAGCGCAGAUAUGGAACCACAGUUUUUACUGGGAUUCCAUGGGACCCAAUUGUGGAGGCGAACCCCAUGGAGAAAUUAAGGAAAAAAUUCAGGAAGAUUUUGGAUCCUUUAACAAUUUCAAAAAUGAAUUUUCAAAUGUAUUAUGUGGCCAUUUUGGAUCAGGAUGGGGUUGGCUAGUUCUGAAUAAUAACAACAAGCUAGUCAUUUUGCAGACACACGAUGCUGGGAAUCCUAUAAAGGAUAACACAGGCAUUCCUAUCCUGACGUGCGACAUAUGGGAACAUGCCUACUAUAUUGAUUAUCGAAAUGAUAGAGCGUCUUAUGUGAAGGCCUGGUGGAAUUUGGUAAAUUGGAAUUUUGCCAACGAAAAUUUGAAGAAGGCAUUAAAGAAGUGA